UCUGUACAAAAGCAGCCACGACUCAUUGAUGUCCCAUCCAUUUCCCUUGUGUCUCAUCACGUAAAUUGUCACUCCGUCUACUUACUGUGAAAUGCGGCCCACACUUGUUUUCUCUUCUGGCGAGUCUUUCACGUAUGCAAUCGGAACACUAUCUACCAGCGUCCUGAUAUCAACGGUCCCCAAUGUAGCAUUAAUUGUACCACCUCGUUUGUUCACAUCAAUCCAACGCAUCUUUAAAGGCCCUAUCCUGAAGCUGGAACCACCGAUGCUGAAACUCCAUUUGAAUGGUAUGGUGUACUGUACAUAAAGCCGAACAAGAUCUGUAUCGUAUAACAACAUGGAGCGAAAAU